GUUUACUUUGGCUCGGCAAACGGCCGAAUAGCCGUGAGCUGAUAGCAAAACGGAACAUCAAUAAGGGGGUGCGAAACACACACACCCGUCAGUUCAGAAACCCGAGAAGAAAACCCAGUUGUCAACAUUUACCAGGCCGACCUUCUCUUCUGCUUCAAUUCAUUGGCCGAUAGCCCUCACCUUCUUAAAUGUUGUUCUUCGCGCUUCAAAAAAAUUAGCCAGCUAACAAGGACAAGCGUUGAGUAUAAAAAGAGAGGGACGUCGAGUACGGUAGGGACGUUCUCUACUCAUUCGACCUUUUUUUUAAUCCAGCUCUUUUGAAUAAUCACCAUGUGCACCGAUAACUCUUUCCACGGAUGGGCUGCUUCUGACAAAGGUCAACCCCUUGAAUGGCGUGAAUUCCAGUUGAAGCAGUUUGAAGAUGACGAUGUUCAGAUGGAUGUCACCCACUGUGGUAUUUGCGGUAGUGACAUUCACACCCUUGAUUCCGGCUGGGGGCCCACAGAAUACCCUUGCGUUGUUGGCCACGAAAUUGUCGGUGUUGUGACCCACGUUGGUAAGAACGUCAAGAACUUGAAGGUCGGUGAUCGUGCUGGUGUCGGCGCUCAAUGUGGCUCUUGCUUGGAAUGCGACAACUGCAAGUCUGGUUCUGAGAACCUUUGCGAACGCCGAGCCAUUUUGACUUACAACGAUCGUUGGCAGAACGGUGACAAGACUUUUGGUGGUUAUGCUACAAAGUGGAGAGGCCACCAGCGCUUUUCAUUCAAGGUCCCCGACAACAUGACCAACGAAAUCGCCGCUACUUUCUUCUGUGCUGGUGUGACCACCUACGCUCCUUUGAAGCGUGCUAAUGUCAAGAAGGGCGAUAAGGUCGGUGUCAUUGGUAUUGGUGGCUUGGGUCACUUUGCUGUCCAGUGGGCCAAGGCCAUGGGUGCUGAAUGUGUUGCCUUGUCGAGCUCGGACCGCAAGCGUAAAGAUGCUGCUGCCCUUGGCUGUGAUGACUAUGUUGUCUCCAGUGACGUUGAUGCCAUGAAGAAACACGCCGGCACCUUCACCCAUAUCAUCUGCACCAGCUUCGGUACCAACUUUGACUGGGCCCUUCACUUUUCUCUCAUGAAGCACAACAGCCACUUUAUCAUGGUUGCCUUGCCCGAAGAACCCCUGAGCGGUAUCCCUGCUGUUCUUCUCGCUUUCCGUCAAAUCAACCUCAUUGGCUCCUUCAUUGGUUCGCCUAACGACAUUGAAGACAUGCUUCAGUUUGCUGCUGACACUGGCGUCAAGCCCUGGCUCAACAGCUACCCUAUGAAGGAAGCACCUGCUGCUGUACAAGCCAUGCGUGAUGGCAAGGCUAGAUACCGCAUCAUCCUGGACAACACCUCCUCGAACUAAAUAGAUUACAUCUCAUCAUUGUAUAUUAUUAACCCUCACAUUCCUGCAUUACAAUUCGAUACUACAUCGCUGCUGAAGCUAC